CAAAACAAAGUGUCAAAGGGUUUCUGUCAUUGUCAAAAUCAUACGGUUUUAUUUAUUGUUGUUAUUGUGUAAAAAUGUACAAAAUUUUAAUUUAAAACUAAACUGAUAUUUUAAUAAAACGAUGGUAUGUUACUGCUGUGUCCAAGGUUGCGGUAACAACAGCAAUGUAAAGAAGAAAGAUCCAAAUUCUGUGAUAUCAUUUCAUGCAUUUCCUUCAAAUCAAGAGCUAAAGACGAAAUGGUUGAAAGCUAUAGGACGACCAAACUGGACGCCUGCCAAUCACGCGCGCAUUUGCAGUGCACAUUUUAAGUAUGAACAAAUUAAUUACGAUGGCUGCAGAAUAAGGAUCAAAGAUGAUGCUGUUCCUGUUAAUUUAUUACCUCCUAACUCCAAUUUUGAGGCAUCAAAUGUGGAAGCAUGCAGGAUUUGUUUGGCCACAGAUAUCGAGCUAUGCAGUCUGCAAGAUCCACAACUUGGAGCCUGUAUGGAAACUAUUGCUGGAGUGAAUCAAAAUGCAAUGUGUUUGGAGGGACUACCACAAUAUGUCUGCUACACAUGUGCACCCAUCCUAAUGAAAUGUCAUAAGCUCAUUGAGAAAUGUAUGUUUUCUCAAACUAUACUGCUGGAUAUAUUCGUUAAGAAUGGACAGAUCACAAAAUCUCUAAUAGAAAAACAAAACAAAAUAACAAAUUCAGACUCCGUAUUAGCAACUACAGAAGAAUUAAGUAAUUAUUUAGUGAAAUGUGACGACGUCAACUCUGCACCGUUCCCUACAAACUCUUGCGAUAUGUAUUUUAAGAGUGAAAAUAAUACUCAUAUAGAUUCCAAAAGUUAUACUGUCCUAGGUACGGAUUGUAAAGUUGAAAUUUAUGGGGUGGAUUUUUGUGCAAAUUAUGACUUAGAAGAGGAUAGAACAAGCUCUGUUGUGUCAAGUCCGAAGGUGGAUGUGGUUGAGGAGGUUUGUAUUCUUGAUGAAAAAUUGAAAUCUAAGAAAUGUACUAAGAACGAAGUGACAGCAAAAAGAAUCAAAGGACUUACACUAGAUGAAACUAAUAUGCUGAAAUAUUUCGAUAUCGUCCAAUUAUCGUUGCCAGAACAAAUAGAGGAAUGGCAGAAGAGUGUCAUCCGCCGUACGCUAAAUAGUCAAACAGAGUAUCAAUGUAAGAUAUGUUACAAAACAUUUGCGAGCACCCACUCUUACCAACAUCACAUCAAGUAUCAUGAUCCGAGUUUGGGCCAAGAUGAAUGUCCAGUGUGCAAGCUUCGCUUUAAAAGUGCAACGUUGGUGGCCGCGCACAGGAAACGAGCGCACAGCAAGAAGUUCUUCUGUAAAAUGUGUCCCAAGUCUUUUAAUAAUGUUAAUGUUGCCAAAAAGCACAGUCGUUGGCACUCCGGCUACCAGUACCGAUGUCCGUGCUGUGCGUUCACGUCCAUGCACGAGUCCGCGCUGUCCGCGCACAGACGGCGCGCGCACGGACCCGUGCACGUCUGUGUGCACUGUGGACGACACUACUCUACUGCACGGGGACUUAACGCGCAUAAAAAUGCUGCGCAUAAGCAGGAUAAUGACAAGGAAAUUAGCAAGGAACAUCCAUGUAAACAGUGUGACAUCAAUUUCGCUUCAGAGGGCGCUAGACGAGUACACCUACUUACUUCUAGUCAACAUAAGAAGAAACCUAGCCUAUGUGAUCCAACAAUGGACCCAAUCCUGCGCAACUGUUGCAAUAAGUGUGGCGUGGAAUGUACUUCGUUUAAGGAUCUCCUGGUACAUAUGAGGGCGGAGCACCCUCAUCCGCGACGCACUGAUCAGUCCUGGAAAGGAGACAAUCCAUAUCCGUUGGAUUGUGAGUUGUGCGGUGAAAAAAUAUGUUCUCGCAAGAAGCACUGGUUCCACGUCCGCAGACGGCAUCCCAAGCACGUGGACUCCUACCAUCCCAUCAUCACUGUCAUUUGUGACACAUGCGGGAAGGGGUUUCAGAAUUCCACAAAGCUACGUAUCCACCAGCUUCGUCACAGCACUCCCAAGGUGCGAUGUGCGCAAUGCCCUCGUCUGUUCUACGACAAAUACGCCCUCAAUAGACAUGCGCAAACGCACAGCGAAGAGAAACCACACCAGUGCCGCAUUUGUGGGAGAGCAUUCAAGCUGCUUAGUAACUUGGAAAGACAUGCUAGAGUUCAUACCGACGUCGCUCCUUACGAAUGUACGAUUUGCAACAAAAAGUUUAAAUACUCGUCAAGCGUGAGCCUUCACGUGCGAACCGUACACUACAAAUUACCUCAUCCAACUAGGAAGAAAAGGAAUAGGUCUGUAAAGGACAAUGGUGAUUCUUAAAAUAAAAAUGUGUCUACAAAAUUAAACAUUUGUUUUAAUUGUA